AAAGAUAACCGCGGGUUAGAGGGAGAUUACUCUAGUAUAGGAUUGUUGUUGAUUUUGUAUAUAUUACAAGGAAUACCACUAGGACUAGCUGGAAGUUUACCCAUGUUACUAUCCAGUAGACACGUUAGUUAUAAAGACCAAGCCUUAUUUAGUUUUGUAUAUUGGCCCUUUAGUGUAAAACUGUUGUGGGCACCUCUUGUUGAUUCUAUAUAUAUUCCAUGGUUUGGACGUCGUAAAACGUGGUUAGUGCCAACUCAGUAUCUGAUUGGUGUUUUUAUGUUUGUGUUGUCCUAUUAUGUUAAAGAUGUCCUCGGUGAUGGAGACGACAGUGGAAAAGUGAAUAUUUUAUUAUUAACUUUCAUAUUUUUUAUGUUGAACUCAUUAGCUGCUACACAGGAUAUUGCUGUUGAUGGAUGGGCUUUAACAAUGUUAUCAAGACGUAAUGUAGGCUGGGCCAGUACAUGUAAUUCUGUAGGACAAACUGCUGGAUAUUUUAUAGGAAAUGUCUUUUUUCUGGGACUGGAGUCAGCUGAUUUCUGUAAUAAAUAUUUACGUUCAGUUCCACAGAAGGAAGGUUUUGUAACAUUAGCAGGAUUUUUAUAUUUUUGGAGUGUUGUAUUUUUUGUUACAACAACAUUAGUUAUGAUAUUCAAACGAGAACGAGCGGAUCCAGAUGUUGAUCCUGAGAUGGGCAUUUUUGAAACAUAUAAAAUACUAAUCAGUGUUAUUAGGUUGCCUGCAGUAGUGUCAUAUUGUAUUAUACUGCUUACUUCUAAGGUAGCAUUUUCAGCAACAGAUUCAUUAACUAGUCUAAAAUUAAUAGAAUCAGGGAUGCCUAAAGAAAGAUUAGCAGUGUUUGCUAUACCUAUGAUACCAAUACAGAUAGUACUACCUAUAUUUAUUAGUAAAUAUACAUCAGGUCCUCGACCUAUGUCAAUCUUUCUUAAAGCUAUGCCAUUUAGGAUGGGUUUAGGAGUGUUGUAUGCUGGAAUAGUUUAUUUAGCAUUUCAUGUUCAGAUAAAACCAGGGGAAUUCCCUAUCUAUUUCUAUGCUCUAUUAUUGUUAUGCUAUGCCUUGCAUCAGGUUUUCGUGUACAGUAUGUUUGUAAGUCAAAUGGCUUUUAAUGCUAAAGUGAGUGACCCUACUAUUGGAGGAAGUUACAUGACUUUACUCAAUACAGUGGCGAAUUUAGGUGGAAAUUGGCCCUCAACAUUUAUGUUAUGGUUUGUUGAUUAUAUAACAUGGAAAUCAUGUGAUGGGGGAGUUGGUGACUGUUAUACCAAAGAUGGUUCUGCUGUAUGUACUGAAAAAGGUGGUUCCUGUAUAACGACAUUAGAUGGUUACUACAUUGAGACUGCUAUAUGUGUUGCUAUAGGGUUGUUAUGGUUACGCUGGCGCAGCAGACGACUUCAGCAACUUGAUGCUUUAGAUCUUAAAGACUGGCAAUAUAAAGGAAGCAAAUGAUAUAAGAAGAACAACAGACUCAUGGUUGAUGUCUGAGUUUUUUAGAAAGUUUUGGAAUUAACAACUGAACAAGAUGGAAGUUUGGAUUUUUUGACUAACUUUGGGAAAAGAUAAUUAUUGGUUUUCAUGUGUGAUUUGGUGGAAGCUGUUUUGAAAUUUAUUCAUGUUAUUGAAUGGAUGUGAAACAUAGACCAAAAAUGAAAGAAUGUCAUGAAAAAACUCGCUAAGACUAUUCCUUUGGUGGACAGCCUGCAUCAAAAUUUGUGAAUACCUCUUUUGUACUUAUCAUCUAUGAAUCAUGCUGCUUAGCCUUUUGAGCUCUCUCCUAGGCCGGUGCUUAAAUUGACUUAUUUGAGUUCACCAAAGUAAUGCCAAGGAAAAAAAAUCUCGUAGAAGAUGUUCUCCACAAAUUAACAAAUUUAUUAAACAGACAU